GGUAAUCAUAUAUUACGAAUAUUAGCUAAAGUAGAUCUUCAUGUGAUGCCGACAACAACGGGUAGAGACAUAAAUCUAAGUGGUUCGGAGACGGUACAUAUUUACACCGACGCACGAAGCCCCGGACCUUGAUCUCGAGGAUCUACCUUCUUCUGAUAGAUUGCGGGUCCCUGAAAGCAAUGUCGCCAAUUAGAAGCGGGUAGCACUUACAUCACCCCGCGCAGCAAACGCAUGACGAAAGUCGUCACGGCUGAAGCCAUUGAAGCAAUCGACCCCGCCAAAACCUAUUUGACCUACUUGCAACCUAAGUUUCUAACAUCAUAAAUAAAUAAAAACACAAUCAGCCUUCAAAACACUCCAAAACUCUUACACUCGUCAAAAUGGUCGACAUCAGCCCUGCUUUCGCUAAGGCCCAGGAGGACUCCAGGAAGCUCACCUCCAAGCCUGGCAACGAUGAACUCCUCGAGCUCUACGGUCUCUUCAAGGUCGGCAACGGCGAAGACUUCAGCAAGGCCGAGAAGCCCGGCGUGUUCGACCUAAAGAACAAGUACAAGUACCAGGCGUGGCAGAAGCUCGUCGACGAGGGUAUCAGCCCCGCGGACGCCCAGGACCGCUACGUCAAGCUAGUCGAGACCCUGAAGGAGAAGUACGGCUUCGACGCGAGCAAGGAGCCCGAGGCCGUCAAGAGCUCUUAGAUUUCGUAUAGAGCUCUAGUUCAGUCGUUGCAUCUAUCGCGUUCUCUUCGUAUUAGACUAGUCGAUUAGCCCCGUGUUCAAUAGCGAUGUUAGGUACGCUCCGGUCUCGAAGGAGCCCUGGGGAUUCUUCGCGGUUAGACUAUGUGGGCAGCGAUACGCUGCAGACGUUAUAGCUAUAUAGAUUAAUCUAUACCAUCACGUGAA